UAUAAGCUGCUAUGAUUCGUGUACCCCUUCCCUUGUACACACUCCUAUAAAUUUUUAAAUUUAGCACGAUUUCAUCACUAAUCUAGGCAUUUAUAAGGGCUCCAACCCACAUGGGCAAAACUUGAAUACAACCCAACCCUUUCAUGUAUUUUAAUCAUCCACCCAACUCCUGAAACCUCAAGUUGUCAGUAACAUAACCCAAGUUUUGACUCACAAAGAGAAUAGAAGCACGUUAUACAAUUAUAUACUAUGCUUCCAAGGCAUUGAAAAUAGUGAAAGAAGUAAUUAACCAUACUUAGAAUACUCAUUUUUAUGUAUAUUCUAUAGUAUAGCUUUGGUGGAAGAUGUGUUUCCCUUGCCACAAUCAAAAUCUAGGAACACACAAUUUUGUUUUUGUAGAUGGAAGAAGAAGACAAGAUCAAUGUGAACUACUUCAAACGGAUUCUUCAAUAGAAACAAAGAAAGGAAAAUUCUUAAACAUGGAUUUUAGCUUGUGUUUGACUUCUCCAAUCAUUUACAAUCUUGUACAUUUUCUUCUUGUUUUUUCUUUCCUUUGUCCUGUUUUUUCUUCCUCAAAAAUUGAUAACAACCCUGUUGCCAAUAACACUUUUAAACCAAAGGAAGAGUUGAAUAGAAUGAACAUCAUAAGAUAUCGUCUUCAACAGAUCAAUAAACCUUCUAUUAAGACAAUUCAGAGUCCUGACGGUGAUAUUAUAGAAUGCGUUGCGUCUCAUCAACAACCAGCUUUUGAUCAUCCUAUGUUAAAAGGACAAAGACCACUGGAUCCUCCAGAAAGGCCUAAAAAUCAUAACAAAAGGGAUGUGUUGAGUGAGAAUUUUCAGUCAUGGAGCUUGUCGGGUGAAUCAUGUCCAGAAGGAACAAUUCCGAUUAGAAGAACAACAGAACAAGACAUGUUAAGGGCAAGUUCUAUCAACACAUUUGGAAGAAAAUUAAGAAGACGUGUUAGAAGGGACACAAAUAGCAAUGGACAUGAGCAUGCAGUUGGAUAUGUGACUGGAAAUCAAUACUAUGGAGCAAAGGCUAGCAUAAACGUGUGGGCCCCACGUGUAGCAAACCAAUAUGAAUUCAGCUUGUCCCAAAUGUGGGUCAUUUCUGGUUCAUUUGGAGAUGAUCUUAACACCAUUGAAGCUGGUUGGCAGGUCAGCCCUGAGCUCUAUGGGGACAGUUACCCUAGAUUCUUUACUUAUUGGACGAGUGAUGCAUAUCAAGCAACUGGAUGCUACAAUUUAUUGUGUUCUGGCUUUGUUCAAACUAACAAUAAAAUUGCAAUUGGUGCUGCAAUCUCUCCAACUUCUUCAUAUACUGGGGGCCAAUUUGAUAUUAGCUUGCUCAUUUGGAAGGAUCCAAAGCAUGGAAAUUGGUGGCUUGAAUUUGGCUCCGGAAUAUUGGUAGGGUACUGGCCAUCGUUUUUGUUUACACACUUAAGGGAUCAUGCAAGUAUGGUACAAUUUGGUGGAGAAAUUGUGAAUUCUAGACAAGGGUCACACACUUCAACUCAAAUGGGUAGUGGCCAUUUUGCUGGAGAAGGUUUUGGAAAAGCAUCAUACUUUAGGAAUUUGCAAGUUGUGGAUUGGGAUAACAAUUUGAUACCAUUGUCAAAUCUAAGGGUUCUAGCGGAUCAUCCAAAUUGCUAUGAUAUACAAGGAGGAAUAAAUAAUGUUUGGGGGAAUUACUUUUACUAUGGUGGACCAGGAAGAAAUGUGAAAUGUCCCUAAGGGAAUGAAGCAUAAAAAAAAGUGAUUAUUUUUUCUUCUUUUUGGCAUUUUUGGGUUUGGGUGAUAUUGGUUCUCCUUUUUGAAGGGCAUUCAAGGUGCUUGGGGUCAUUUAUUCUUAUAUUUUAAAUUAAAUUCCUUUUGAUUAGGAUUUGUUCUUUAAAUGUUGACUAACAUGUCAUCCAUUGAUUAUACCAUUACUGCAUGGACUCUUAUGUAAAUCUUUAAAGAUAAAUAGUAAAUAUACUAUGUACCGUUAUUGGUAUAUAUCCCUUCCA